GUACAUGACAUGAAAGGAAAGUAUCAAGCGAAACUUGUCCUGUCAAAAUUACAUCAUUUCUGUGUAGCAAGACUCAUCAAAAGUGUUGAGCGCCUUACCAUAAGCAAGACUUUAGAAUAUGAAGCUAACUGAAGUCAUCCCUUGAAAGUUGCUCUACAUGCAAUGUGAUUUGGAUUUCCACACAGGCAAGGAGGGGCCUAUUCUGUACUUCAGCAUCAAAGUAAUGCUGGUGCUCUCAUCAGUGUAACAUCUGUAUCAGUGGUACAACCUAAAAUGGAAUUCAAAACAACAUGAUAGCCACUCAAUAUCCUGGGGAGCUUCAGGUGACUUACAGUCUAGCUUAGUUGCCGCAAGGCUAUGCACAAUCACAAGAAAAUUUCAGUGAACUCACACACCACACCAACUGAAGUCACAUGCAAUUAUAGUAAGCACUGGAUUCCAGCACCCAGUACCCAUGGAUAGUGAAGGUAUUCCUUGGAACAGUCACUACCAAAUAAGCAGAGACGGUGAGGCUGAGUUUCGUUUCUCAUCACAUGUAUCUGCCCAACACAGCAAUUCUUUUUGGACAUCAGCUUAUGAGAACUCUAUAAGACAAUCUGUUUAUUUCAGUGAAAAACACAGGGAGUGUUCCAGGCAAAAUGUUUGUAGACAUUUCCUGAAAGGAGCAAAUUUGAACAAAAAUCCUGCACUGCAGCAAAGACAAUAUUUGAAUUCUGCCUCAUUAGCUGGCACCACAGCAACAGCUCAUAAAUUAAAGAGACCCACGCCACUGCUGAUUGACUUAAUAAAAGGAAAUUCCUCAGAUUCCAAAUCCUCUACUUCGAUGUCUUCUCUGUCAGAGAAAACCAGCAUUAAUGCCAGCAUUAAACUAGCUAAACUGCAGAAAUCUUUGCCACUGCUGACUGCCUUACUGAAGGAAAAUACAUCAGAUUCUGAAAUCUGUAUCACAGCAUCUUCUCUGUCAGCAGAAACUAAUGCCAACAUUGAACUUAAUACUUUUACAAACUUUUCAGGUGAAAGACAUUGCAGACAUCAGCAAGUCAAAGGGUCAUCAGCUGCUCUAAAGUGUGGACAGAUGAGAGGAGGAACUCCCCCCAUCCUCUACCAGCAGCACGUCUCUUCGUCCUCUGUCAGCAGUCUGUCAUCUUCAGAAAAUGUCUGUCCUGUUGGACCUCCUACAGAUGACGAUAUAAUGGGCUUUAUUAAACAAAAGCUUGCACACUCUGGGACUGUUUUAACUCAAAAAACAAAAGAUUAUGGAUAUCCCAACAAGGCGUCGGACAGGAAAGUCUACUCACUGCAGUCGGACCGCACCAUGCCAGAGGUUGACCUUCUCCCCACAACCUCGGUCUCUGACAAAGAAGAUGUGGCAGGGCUCAGUCACAGCAAAGCUGAGACUGGGCAGUACACUGCUCCUUUUGGACAAGCACUUACGGAGGACGGUUCAAAGAGCAGUGGGGCAAAAUCUAAGCAGAAGUCUAAAGAGACAGAAAAUCAACAAAUAAUGAGGAAAGUUCCUACCACCUGCACAAAGAAUGAAGAUGAGAGUCAAGUGCUCCAUCCAUCCAAGCAUUUGGAUGGCAUAGGCCAAGUGCCUGAUGACAGAGAGGGCCGCAUUACAGAACAGGCGAACAGAGAUACAGCCCUGAAACCAGUGGAUGCAGUAGAGUUGGACAAUGUGCAAUGUAUGACUGACUUGUCAGAGGAUCAUCAAACGAAGUCAGCAUCAGUGGUAUCUGAAAACAAAGUAUUUGAAUUCAAAUCAGCCAUUGAAAAUCAAGAGGCAAGUCCAAAAAAAGAUAAAAACAUUGGUGAUCAACAGCAUUGUAUUUUUACCAGUAAGGAAGCAAUAGCACAUUCCAAGCUAACUUCAUCACUCGAUGAAAUUCAGAUUCAUAAUGUGGUCUCAAUUUCUACAAACUCAAGUGAACGGCUGAGCAACCUGAUAAGUUUGGGGGAUGCAGGUUGUAUGAAUUUACCAACUGAUUUAAGCAUAGCCCAACCCGCAAGCAUAGCACUUCCUGAAACUGAGGCAGAAGAGCACGUCCCUCCAUCUGAAAGGGAGGGUGAGGAAGAACUCUCUAUGAACACUGUAAAACAGUCAGUGUAUGAAGACAUUUCAGAUGAUGAACACCCAUAUACAGAGCACAAGGAAGUAAGCUGUCCAGCACACUCUGAAGACCUGGUAUAUGAAGAUAUAAGUGAAGAUGAAAGUCCACAGAUUGAGUAUAUUGCUGGUGAGAUGUCUUCACUCACACAAGCAUCUGAACCCAUUGUUGAGCUGUCACCAUUUGAAGAUGAUGCUUAUGGACUUGUGCAGGGUCAGGCUUCAAUGAAGACAGAAAUCACUUCAAAUGAGGAACUUGUUCUACAAAAUCAGCCUCCACCAAAGACAGAGAUACUUUAUAUAACACAGUGUUCUAAAACUGAUACUAGUUGUGAAGGUCUGCUGUGUCCAAAAGAUGAUAGUGGGAGUCAGGAAAACCACUCUGUUUCAUGUAGUCCGUCCUCUGUUUCGACAGAUGAAGAUGAGACGGAAGAUGAGAUGGAUGAUGGCUGGUUUUUCAUUCCUGUAGAUGUGUCGGACCUUAAAUUUGAAGCAGAUGAUGACCACAUGGAUAGCUUACAAGAAAAUGCGCUAGAUGUCGGGGAAACAAGAGACCAAGAAGGACAGUGUGACCCCAAUCCAACACUCUGGCCAUCUACAUAUCCAGAAGCUUUUUCACCGGUAGAGGUGUUUGACACACUUGAGACCUUUCAGCAAGUGACAGCGGUGGAAUUUAAGGCAGUGUUGGAGUUGCCAUCAGGCAGCAGCACACCUGAGCAUGAAACAGACUCUGAGGGAGAACCACAUACACCCAAGAACAGGAGAGAGUCUGUAGAUAGCUCUGAAACUGAAGACAGUAUUAAUUACUCACCUGCAUCGGAACGCAACAUCAUGACAGUGUCCAAGAAGUUGCUGAAGAGCUCAGCACCUCUGCCCUCAGAGACAGAUGUUUUUGUGUCUGCAAAAGAGGAUGAAUGCUCAGAGGUUACACAUAUGCCAAAAGGUCAAACUAGCUCGGAAAAGUCCAGAAUUUUGGAAGGACUUAGACAAAAGGUUCAAGCAAACCCUAAGCAUGCUCAAACUAAAACCAAAGAACACAAGAUUUCAAAACAGGAUGAGAUAGUAACAAGUAGAUCUGACAUGAAGGAUCAAAGCGACCAAAACAGCAAUACAAUCGCAAAAGGAAAGUCAUUUUUCUCUUCAAGCUCAGAUGAUGAUGUAGAUGCAGAAAAUUGGGGGCAGCGCAUUAAAACUAAAGCGCCUUCUGAGCAUGUUCAACAUAACAGACAAAAUUCUUCAAAUGAAGAACUAAUUGAAAUUAUUAUAAUCGACUCUGAUUCAGAGGACGACAAUGGCCAAAACUACAAAAAGCCAAGCAGGAAGAGAUCCUUGUUUACGGGGUUAGGCAGUUAUGAUGCCUCAUGUGUUAAAGAAAGGAGACAGUCACCUAUAACUGUGGUCAGUGACUCUGGAACUGAUGAAGAAACAAUUCAAGAAACUAGACUGUCCUCUGCAGACCCAUCACCGCCACAGCAUAGGUCUAAAUUCCAUGAUACAAAGGUUCAAGACGUAAUGCAGGAUGCAUGCUCUGACCUGUCACAAAGCUUGAGGAGGAGUGGACAGCUGAUUGGAGCUAAAGGUAGCUCUGAGCAUGGUGAUCACAAGAACAACAGGCAAAGGAUGUCAAAGAGAAGGGCAGUUUUCCAUGAUUCUGACAAAGUGGUUAAAAAAAGCAAAUUUUUCAAUAAGACAGCAAAUACAGAGGGAUUUCUUACAUCGAGAUCAGAGUAUAGUGGUGAUGAUGUAUCUACCACAAAAAACAGAACUUCUUCUGAAAUUGUGGACAGUCUUUGUAGAACUGGCAGGGCACAGCCUCAAAAAACCAGACUGUCACCUGAAGACUCAGAGAAGCAGACCCUGUCUGCAGACGAAGAGACUGACCCUAUUGUUGGUCCUAAUCCUCUGAAUUCCCGCCUUUUUGUUGCGGAGCCUUCUCAACCUGCUAAAAACUUGAAACUUUUAAAUGAAUCUAGAGUCCACAAGCAGGGUAAAAAUGGUACUCUGCCUCCAAAGACCACCACAGCAUCCAGCCCAAAGACAGACUCGUUGUCAUCCAAAUCACAGCCUGCAAAUAAUAGACACCAUGUAAAGGACAAUGAUGUUCAGGCCAACAUAUCAAAAUCCAAAGUGGUUUCGAGACAACUUUCUUUACCAGGACAGAAAGGCCCAUCCACAUCCUUGAACAAUUUGCCUUCUACAAGCAGACAGCCUUCUGAAGCCAGAUGCAGUUUAGCUGUCUCAAGAGCUUUGUCUCAUCCUGGAGAAAAUGUUGCAUUUGCUCCAAGACAUUUGUCUUCAUCUGAACUUCAGCCCGCUAACAGCAACCCCUCGACAAUAAACCGCCCUUGUACCAUUUCAAAAGGCCCAUCAUCUUUUGGUACUAAGCCAUUAUCAACAAGGGAACAGGUGAUCAAAGACUGGAAGGAAGGAUAUCACCCAACACGGAGAGACAGAAAACCUAACCUGGGGAUGGAGGAGUACUCCAGCACUUCAAAUACUUUGUCAAGGGAAGCUAGACCAGGGCCACGUCACCGUCGCAGGGCCAGACAAAGGCGGCCCUCCUAUGAGACUGCAGCCCGCUGGGUGAAGCAGAGCAAGACUGAGGCCAUACAGAGGACAGUGGACAUAAGACGGGAGUCCACAGUAAAACCAAGCCUCCCUGGUGAAGGAUACAAGUGGAGAUCAGCCAACAAGUCCAAUGAAAGUUGGAGAAUUGAGCUGGAUUGAGAUGACCUGUAGAUCUUCCCCAAGGCCCCCAUCACUGAGGAAAAAGAUGGCAGUUUCGACGAUUCCUAAGUUUGUUCCACUCCCAAAGGGACAGGCGGUUGAUGGGCUAAAACAUCAGCCAGUGUUGUAACUGAUUUGAUCUUUAUUUUCCAAAGCAUUUUCUGUGUUUGAACAGUUUGUGUGUUUAUAUGUAUACUGUAUAUAUGUAUACUGUGGUAUACUUGUUGGAAAUGGCAUUGUUUAUUGUUUUGAUACUAACAGAAAAAUGUUCCUUUUAUCUGCUACCUCAAACUGUCUGAACAUUUUGCAUCAAGUUGUUCAUUUUCUUUGUUUUUGCUCUGAAUACUGUGUAACCUUUUGUUUUUACUUUGAGAACUUUGUUCUGAUUGCACUAUGCUGUGUUACAUUGCUUUUUAAAAGAGUUAAUAUGAAAAUACAUAAAAGUCUUAAACAAUC